GUGGCAAAGGACUUCCUCAGUCUACGAUUUCUUUUGAUGGCAUCUAUGCAAAUAUGAGAAUGGUUCAUAUACUUACAUCAGUUGUUGGAUCCAAAUGUGAAGUACAAGUGAAAAAUGGAGGUGUAUAUGAAGGAGUUUUUAAAACAUAUAGCCCUAAGUGUGAUUUAGUGCUUGAUGCUGCUCAUAAGAAAACUACGGACUCCAGCCCUGGGCCAAAGCGUGAAGAUAUCGUGGAGAGGAUUUUGUUCAAGUGUUCUGACUUUGUCGUGGUACAGUUCAAAGAUAUGGACUCCAAUUAUGCCAGAAGAGAUGCAUUUACUGAUUCAGCUAUCAGUGCUAAAGUAAAUGGUGAACACAAAGAGAAGGACCUUGAACCAUGGGAUGGAGGUGAAACUGCCACCACUGAAGAGUUUGAGGCUCUCGAGACUGAUGUUUCUAAUGGAUGGGAUCCCAAUGAUAUGUUUCGGUAUAAUGAAGAAAAUUAUGGUGUAGUUUCCACCUAUGAUAGCAGUUUAUCAUCAUAUACGGUACCAUUAGAGAGAGAUAACUCAGAAGAAUUUUUAAAACGGGAAGCAAGAGCAAACCAAUUAGCUGAAGAAAUUGAAUCAAGUGCUCAAUACAAAGCUCGGGUAGCCCUUGAAAAUGAUGAUAGAAGUGAAGAAGAAAAAUAUACUGCUGUUCAGAGAAAUGCCAGUGAACGUGAGGGGCACAGCAUUAACACGAGGGAAAACAAGUACAUUCCACCUGGACAAAGAACUCGAGAUGUCAUGUCAUGGGGAAGUGGUAGACAAAAUUCACCAAGGAUGGGCCAGCCCACAUCUGGCCCCACCCCUCCAAGAUCUGGAUCUCAUACUUCAGAGUUUAGUCUGAAUUCUGCAGCAGACCAAAGAGUCGUUAAUGGAGGUGUUCCCUGGCCAUCGCCUUGCCCAUCUCCUUCCUCUCGCCCACCUUCUCGCUACCAGUCAGGUCCCAACUCUCUUCCACCUCGGGCAGCCACCCCUACAAGGCCGCCCUCCAGGCCCCCCUCGCGGCCAUCCAGACCCCCGUCUCACCCCUCUGCUCAUGGUUCUCCAGCUCCUGUCUCUACUAUGCCUAAACGCAUGUCUUCAGAAGGCCCACCAAGGAUGUCACCAAAGGCUCAACGUCACCCUCGUGGUCACCGAGUUUCUACUGGGAGGGGGUCAAUCUCCAGUGGUUUAGAAUUUGUUUCCCACAAUGCACCAGGCGAAGUAACUACCCCUCCUGUGGCACGGAGUAGCCCCUCAGGAGGAACAUGGUCAUCAGUGGUCAGUGGGGUUCCAAGAUUAUCUCCAAAAACACACAGACCAAGAUCUCCAAGACAAAGCAAUAUUGGAAAUACUCCUCCUGGUCCAAUUCUCUCUUCUCCCCAAGCUGGGACUGUGCCCACAGAAUCCAUGGCUGUGCCUGUGCCUGCUGCAUCUCCUACACCUGCCAAUCCUGCGUCCAACAGAGCAGUUACCCCAUCUAGUGACGCUAAAGAUUCUAGGCUUCAGGAUCAGAGGCAAAAUUCUCCAGCUGGAAACAAAGAAAAUAUUAAGCCAAGUGAGACUUCCCCAAGCUUUGCAAAAGCAGAAAAUAAAGGUAUAUCACCCAUUGUUUCAGAACAUAGAAAACAAAUCGAUGACUUAAAGAAAUUUAAGAAUGAUUUUAGGUUACAACCAAGUUCUACUCCUGACAAUGUGGAUCACCUGCUCAACAAAAGCAGAGAAGGAGAAAAGUCAAGAGAUAUGAUCAAAGACCAACCUGAACCCAGCCCUAAGGAUGUUCUCCUGGAGACCAGCAGUGCCAGCUGCACAAGUGGCAGCAGCAAGCCGAGCAGUCCUUGCAUUUCUCCAUCUGCUAGUGGGAGCUCAGAUCAGAAAAGAGGUCCGGAGGUCACUUCCCAAGGUGUGCAGACAGCCAGCCCAGGAAGUAAACAUGAGAAGGAGGAGCAAGAAGACAAGAAAGAUGCAGCUGAGCAAGUUAGGAAAUCCACAUUGAAUCCCAAUGCAAAGGAAUUCAACCCUCGUUCUUUUGCUCAGCCAAAGCCUUCUACCACUCCUACUUCACCUCGUCCUCAAGCCCAGCCAAGCCCUUCUAUGGUGGGUCAUCAACAGCCAACUCCGGUCUAUACUCAGCCUGUUUGUUUUGCACCAAAUAUGAUGUACCCAGUCCCAGUGAGCCCAGGCGUGCAGCCUCUCUAUCCUAUACCCAUGACGCCUAUGCCAGUGAACCAAGCCAAGACAUAUAGAGCAGGUAAAGUACCAAAUAUGCCACAACAGCGGCAGGAUCAGCACCCCCAGAACACCCUGAUGCACCCUGCCUCUGCUGCGGGCCCUCCCAUCGUGGCCACGCCACCAGCCUAUUCAGCACAAUAUGUGGCCUAUAGCCCUCAGCAGUUUCCUAGUCAACCUCUUGUUCAGCACGUGCCACAUUAUCAAUCUCAGCAUCCUCAUGUCUAUAGUCCUGUAAUACAGGGUAAUACUAGAAUGAUGGCACCACCAACCCAUGCCCAGCCUGGUUUAGUAUCCUCUUCAGCAACUCAGUAUGGUGCUCAUGAGCAGACACAUGCGAUGUAUGCAUGUCCCAAAUUACCAUACAACAAGGAGACAGGCCCUUCUUUCUACUUUGCCAUUUCUACUGGUUCCCUUGCUCAGCAGUAUGCCCAUCCGAAUGCUACCCUACACCCCCAUACUCCACAUCCUCAGCCUUCUGCCACUCCCACUGGACAACAACAGAACCAACAUUCGGGAAGCCACACUGCUCCCAGCCCUGUGCAGCACCAUCAGCACCAAGCUGCACAGGCCCUUCAUCUGGCAAACCCCCAGCAGCAGCCGGCCAUUUACCACGCUGGUCUGGCCCCGACCCCACCUUCCAUGACACCGGGCUCAAAUACACAGUCUCCACAAAGUAGUUUCCCAGCAGCACAACAAACAGUCUUUACGAUUCACCCCUCUCAUGUUCAGCCUGCAUAUACCAACCCACCCCACAUGGCCCACGUGCCUCAGUACAAGCCCACCACCAACAGCAGUUGUAAGGCUGCCCUGGAGGAAGCAAAAGGCCAAAUUCCCUCCUCCCUUCUACUGCUUCUACCAACUGGAAGCACAGAAAACUAGAAUUUCAUUUAUUUUAUUUUUUUAAUUGAUUUCUCGUAACAUCCAAUAGGAAUGCUAACAGUUCACCUUGCAGUGGAAGACAUUUGGACUGAGUAGAGGCAUGUAGGCCCUUGCGGGUAUUCCGUAAUUCCAUGCAAGUGCCCCAACUCUGCUUGCUGAAAACUGGAAGUUAUUUAUUUUCUAAUGACCCUUCAAAGUCAUGAACUCAUCAGCUAGCAAAAGAAGUAACGAGUGAUUCUUGCUGCUAUUACCGCUAAAAAUCAAGACUUGGAAAGCCCCUUUUACUAAACUUGAAAAAGGUUCAGUAAAUUCUUAUCGUCAAACUGAUGGAUUAUUAUUUAUAAAUCAAGUUUGAUGAGGUGAUCACUGUCAACAGGCAGUGGUGCAACUUUUAAGUUAAGGGAAAACACUUUUACUUUGUAGAUAAUAUAAAAUAAAAACUAAAAAAAAAAUUUAAAAAUAAAAAAGUUUUAAAAACUGAUACAAGUUAAUGUGUGUUUGUAUAAGCUACUUCUACUGUAGUUCAUUACCAUCUUAGCUUAAUAUAAACCAAGAGGGAUGAUUAGCAGGUGACCUUUAAUCUCCUUUUUUAACACCUAAGAAAGGAAGUGCUAAAUCUAUCUUCCACCUUUUUAGUGUCCAUCAUGCCAUUUCCUGAGCUAGGACAUAGUCUUUUAUCUGAGAGAAGUGUAAAGUCAGGACAGUUUUUAUGGUGGCCUAGAAGGAUGUGGUGUGGCUGCUUUGUGAAGGAAAGCUGUUCCCUAGUAGAUGGAACCCAGCUGGCCCCCUCAGAAGGAAAAUGGGAUUCCUGAGCUAAGAGAGCUGGCAGGCUGGAGUGGGGCUGUCAGUGUCUGGAACUCCUCUGCCAGCAGGGGGGGCACGAGACUGCCCUGGAUCCCUUCCUUGGCCUUUGGAUGGCUACUGAGCACACGUUGACCCUGCCAGGUCACAUGACGGGAGGCUAAAGAGAGCAUGCAAGUAUGCUGGCAGUGUGUGGCUUUCCUAUGGAAACCCCCCCGCCCCGAUCA